GUGUGGUCUUGCACCAGAGCCUGUGCUGCUGAAGCAUUGUGCUGCUCCCUCAUGGCUCUAUGGGAGCUGCUGCUGCUGCUGACUUUCAGCCUCCACUGCUGGCUGACAGGCUCUACCAGCUUAGCUGAGGAAGGCCCUUCAGGGCCCCUGGACUGGCUUCUCUCUGACAAGGGUCCCUUUCACCACUCACAGGAAUACACUGAGUUUGUGGAGAGGAACCGCCAAGGUUUUUCUACGAGAUAUAAGAUCUACAGGGAAUUUGGCCGAUGGAAAGUGAAUAACUUGGCUGUGGAGCGACGGGAUUUCCUGAACUCCCCCUUGCUUCUCACCCCAGAGUUUAUACGGAACAUUCAACUCCUGGGACGCAGGCCCACUGCCCAGCUAAUUACAGACAACCUGAUCAAGAAAUAUGGGACCCAUUUUCUACUGUCAGCUACACUAGGAGGAGAGGAGGCUCUGACUAUAUUUGUGGACAAGAGGAAGUUGAGUAAGAAAGCAGAGGCGAACAACUAUACCAGUAAUAGCACGGCUGUGACUCUGGAGGCCCUCCACCAGCUGGCUGCCUCCUAUUUCAUUGACAGAGAGAGCACUCUGCGCAAACUGCACCACAUCCAGAUAUCCUCCACGUCCAUCAAGGUAACUGAAACACGGACUGGCCCACUUGGUUGCAGUAACUAUGACAACCUUGAUUCUGUCAGUUCUGUGUUGGUUCAGAGUCCAGAGAACAAAGUCCACUUGCAAGGGUUGCAGGUCAUUUUGCCAGAUUAUAUCAGAGACACCUUUGUCCAAGCAGCUCUUAGUUACAUUGCUUGCGAUGGAGAGGGAACUUUUGUCUGCAGAGACAACGAAUGCUGGUGCAAGUGUGACUCAAAAUUCCCAGAGUGCAACUGCCCCUACACGGAUAUUCAGGCCAUGGAAGAAAGCCUUCUGCGAAUCUCUGAAUCUUGGGGUUUAAUAUACAAAGAGUUUGAAGAUUCAGAUGAGUUCAAAACAUUUCUGAUGAGGCUGCCUCAGAAUUUCUUCCUCAACUCCUCGAUGAUCCAGCAUUUGUGGUCUCUGGAUGGUGUGUUUCAGCAGCGCUAUGAACAGCUGGAAAGCAGCAUGAAGAGUCUCUUCAGAAGAGCCCAGCGAGUGGUAUACAAGCUCUUCAGUCUCAGCAAGAGGUGCCAAAAGCAGCCCCACAUUAACUUACCACAUGACAGGCCACAGUCAUAUUGGCUGAACUACUUCCAGUCUUUACUCUACUGCUCGGAAAACAAUCAGCUGGGCUCCUUCUCAGAAGAACUACACACCUGCAUUUGUGCAUAUGACCACAGCUCCUGCCAGGUUCACACACCAUGCUCUGUUGGGGAAGGUCCCGCCUGCGCUGCUUGUGCAAGUGACAACCACACUCGCUGUGGCAGUUGCAAUAUGGGCUACAUGUUAAGUCAAGGGUCCUGUCGACCAUUGGUAGCAGAUUCUACAGAGAACUACCUGAGAUUUGAAACUGAUCUUCAGGAUCUAGAGCUACGUUACCUCCUUCAGAGAGCUGAUCGACGCUUGGAGGUCCAUGCUAUUUUUAUCAGCAACGACAUGCGUCUGAAUAGCUGGUUUGAUCCUUCAUGGAGGAAGAGGAUGCUGCUCACCCUAAAGAGUAACAAGUACAAAUCCAACCUAGUCCACAUGCUAUUAGGUGUCUCCCUUCAAAUUUGCCUUACUAAAAACAGCACUCUGGAACCUGCGCUCACUCUAUUCAUCAAUCCUUUUGGAGGGAGCCAUUCAGAGAGCUGGUUAAUUCCUGUGAAUGAGAAACAUUUUCCAGACUGGAAGUCUACUAAGUUGGACCUACCAUUUCAGUGCUUCAACUGGACCUUGACUCUGGGCAACAAGUGGAAGACCUUCUUUGAGACUAUUCACAUUUACCUGAGGAGCCGCAUCAAAACUACAGGCACUGGAGCCAAUGAGAGUGUUUACUUGGAGCCAUUGGAAAUGGCUGAACCUACACGAAAUCUGGGGUAUAUGAAGAUCAACAGUAUUCAAGUGUUUGGUUACAGUAUGCAUUUUGACCCAGAAGCAAUCAGAGACUUGAUCCUGCAGUUGGACUACCCAUACACGCAGGGUUCACAGGAUUCGGCCUUGCUACAACUGCUGGAAAUCCGAGACCGGGUAAACCGGCUCUCUCCACCAGGCCAGCAACCUCUGGACCUGUUCUCCUGCCUGUUACGACACCGCCUCAAACUAACAGCCAAUGAGGUGGUGCGCAUUCACACCUCACUGCAGUCUUUUAGUGCACGUCUCCCCAAUUCUCUGGAUUAUGAGACCACCAAACUCUGUAGCUAACAGCUAAAACAUCAAAGCUGAUUGACAGCAAUAGAACAAUUGUAAAAAUGCAGAGUAGACUGUUAAUGAGUCAUGCUGCAAUGCUUUGAUUUUCGGUGUUUGAGACUUGAAACUGGUGAAACAAGUGAAAUGUUCUCUAAAGUAUUUUGUGAAAUUAUUUCACAGUAGAUCUUGCCUCAUCAGAUCAGACUCAUUUUUAUUGUAUAGUACAAAACUGAGUUUAAAGAGAAGGUUUUUAAAAUAUACUAUACGGAGUCCUUGUUUGUAAAUUUUAAAGUUUUUUUUUUUU